CUUUGAGACUUCAUCACAGCAACAGUGUCAGUGCAGUGACAGCUUUAUAAGAGCAGCACAGCUGUCUGUCUGUUUCUGUGUGUGUGUGUGAGUGAGAGUCACCAGCAAACACCAUGUCGUUCAUACUCAUGAAGAAAAAGAGGUUUAAAUUUAAAGUAGACUUUGACCUGGAGGAGUUGUCGUCGGUUCCUUUCGUUAACGGAGUUUUGUUCUGUAAAGUCAGGCUUUUAGAUGGAGGCUUCGCCCAAGAGUCGACUCGGGAGCCAGUCCAAGUCCACUGUGUGCACUGGAGGAAACGAUUCACUUUCCUGUGUAAGAUGAGUGCUAAUACUGGGACAGGUGUACUAGACCCCUGUGUGUGCCGGGUGUCUGUGCGCAAGGAGUUGAAGGGUGGGAAAUCUUUUGCAAAGCUGGGCUUUGCUGACUUAAACCUGUCAGAGUUUGCCGGGUCUGGCAGCAUGACUCGACGGUGUCUCCUAGAGGGAUAUGACACAAAGAACACAAGACAGGACAACUCAAUUCUCAAGGUCAUCAUUACCACACAACUUAUGUCUGGAGAUCCCUGUUUUAAAACUCCUCCAUCUACAGCCAUGACUCUGGGAAUCCCACAGGAUGAAGGAGAGCGCCUCCUAGAGGACAGAAAGGGAGGCAACAUGCAUAUAUUCCAUUCACUCACUGAGAUCCCAAAGAAGUCAGUAUCAGUCCCAGAGGAGCUGGUCAUCUAUGGCCACUCGAGAAAGUCCAGCUAUGCAAGUCAAAAGUCAAAAAUCUCAGGUUACAGCUCAAAUCACUCCAGUUUAAUAGACCUGAGCCAUCGGAGGAGUGCAUCAGGAAGUUCGGCCUCCACAGGCACUGGCUGCGUCCUGGAACCCGUUAAUCAGCAGGUAGACAAAGGAGAGAAGGAGAGCAGAUCCAUUCCACCUGUCUCUGCUACCAGUCAGCAUGCACCUGAAAACCCAACUACCCCUGUCAAGCCUUUUAGUAGACAUCCUGUAAAGCAAAACUCCAUGGAGAAUCAGUUGAAGAGAGUCGAUGCCACCAGGGUGGACGCUGAUGACAUAAUAGAGAAAAUCCUGCAGAGCCAGGAUUUCAGUCAUGGCAUCUUGGACUCCAGUGCAGAGGAGGAGGGGCUCAGCUUGUUUGUUGGUCCUGGUGGGAGUACUGCCUUGGGAAGCCAGCACACGAGGGUUGCAGCAGGAGUCUUUGAGCAGGUGGUGUUCAAGCGCUAGGCUAUGGUAAGCACUCUGUGGCUGUGGUAAGCAUGUCCCGCCCAUAAGGGUUGUUGCAUUACACUAAUGCAGAGGAAAAAAGACUGAGUAGGGGAGAUGCCAGAGGAAUUUACUCAGGCUUCACUCCAGGACAUUUCAUUUCUCUUAUGUAAUCCCUUCUGUUGAUCAGGAGAGUCCUCUAGUGUUCAUGUUGAGUAUGUGAAGGCCACAUUAUUGGAACAUUAAACUGUAGUGAUGGAAAUAACUGGUGUACUGACAUGUCUUCUUGUAAUUUAAAAAAGUGUAUUGAACCAUUGUCUUUUUUACUAUGUUAAUUUGUAUAUAUUGUUAAAUGAAGGGAUUGUGAUUGAGUUAUUACAGGUGACAACAAGUGCUAAAGUUAUUUAAAAUAAAAAAAUAAAAUAUUUACUGUGUAACAGAUAAUGUUGGAAAUUGGGACACAUGUUGUCCUCAGUGUCAUAUAUCUUGGUAAAUAGAAAAUUGACCAUGUGGUAUUAAUGUUAAGUGGCACUGCUGUGUGUCUGUAACCCAAAACACCUCUGUUCACCUGGUUGUGAGGGGGCAUAUAUGCAAAUACUUAUUUUGUAUGUGCAUGGGUAUGUGUGUGUUGUCUGUAAUCAAAGUAAUUUAAGCACAUUUUUCUUUUUUUAUAAUUGGCAAACCUUAACUGUAUAUUUGUUUAUCAUAUUUUAAGUAAGCUAUGGUCCAUGUAAUGAAUGUAAGCUGUGUAAAACAAAUGAUAUUUUUUUUAAGAUAUCUAUGAGAUUCUGAAUGUUGACUGUAUAUUUAAGGCCAAAUCUGUAAAUAAAAAAAGAUAUGCACUCUU